CUUCCCCGAGAGCCAGCCCGCAGCUCCAACUGCUCGCCCCGCCGGCGGAGAUGAUGGUCCCCAGGCAGCAGGGACGCCCAGGUCACCCCGCUGAGCCAUGAACGCCUCGGUGGCCGGCAGCCAGCUGAGACAGCCCGAGCCCCAGGACGUGGCCGCCUUCACCCCCGUGUCCAUCGUCAGGAGCGUGAGCAAGAAAUCGGACGCGCUGCCGGUGAUCUCGGUGAUCGUGGUGCUCUUCGUGCUGCUGGCCGUGUUCAUCGUGCUGCUGGUGCACUACGGCCCCCAGCUGCGCACGGUGCAGGUCACGCUGCGCCACGAGCCCAUGGCCCAGCACAUGGACACCGUGCUCCUCACACAAUGGAGGUGCCUGGAUCCCCACGGCAAGAUGGGCUCGGCUGGAGUGACCUGCCACUGCUCCUGCAGCCACCACCUUCCCCUUGGGAGUGCUGAGCCCAAUGUCAUCGAGAUCACCUACCUGUGAC